UGCAAAAUAAUUGUCGGUUCCAGCAACAAAAGUCUCAACGCUGGACGCUGUUUGACGGUAAUAAAUUUAGCCCGUCAUGUCCAUGAUUACUGCAACCACUUGGGUGCCGCGGGGCUUUGCGGCACCUUUCCCCACAAAAUACGAUUUUAACGAAGAAGAAUUCGAACGGAUAUCUAAGCUCGCAAAGUUGCAACUCGAUGACGCCAAAGAUGAUCUAAAGGAGGCGCAGAAGCCGUCCAAAGAUGAAGAUGAGGAUGAAGAAAGCGAGAAUGAGAUGAAGGACGAUGUGCCUGCUGAGGGCAAGUCAAAAUCUGGAAACGCCGCCUCGUCAGACAAGAUUGAUGUCAAUGACGAUGUCCUCAAAGAAUUUGACUUGGAGCAUUACGACGAUGACGAUUCCGAGGAUGAAGACGCUGGCGAUCCAAUGUCCCAAUUCGGUAACGUUCGGUCACUCGCAUAUCACGACUCGAAUGAAGAAGACCCGUACAUUACUCUCAAGGAGAAUGAAGAGGAGAAUGAGGAGCGCGAGGACCUCCAGAUUCUUGGAAACGACAACCUGGUGCUGGCUGCCAAGGUUGAGGAUGAAAUUGCCCACUUGGAAGUGUACGUCUACGAGGACGAAGCCGACAACCUUUACGUACACCACGACAUAAUGCUUCCAGCUAUUCCUCUCUGCGUCGAAUGGCUCGAUAUGCCCGUUGGCAAGGAAGGUGAUGGAUCAGACGCACGAGGAAACACCGUCGCAAUCGGCACAUUUGACCCGGACAUUGAAGUCUGGGACCUUGACACGGUCGAUCAGAUGUACCCAAAUGCCAUCCUGGGUCAAGGCGCCGAGGAGGCCAACCCAGAAGCCGCCACAGCCGGCUCAAAGAAGGACAAGAAAAAGAAGAAGAAGGGCAAGAAGGUUGCAAACGACAACUAUCACGUCGACUCGGUUCUUGCACUAGCCGGAAACCGACAACACCGAAACCUUCUGGCCUCUGGAUCUGCCGACAAGACUGUUAAGCUCUGGGACCUCAACACCGCCAAGUGCGCUAAGUCAUACUCCUACCAUACGGACAAGGUCUGCUCGCUGGCAUGGCACCCGCGCGAGAGCACAGUGCUGUUGAGCGGUAGCUACGACCGUACUGUGGUCGCGGCAGACAUGCGCGCGCCCGACGCCAAGGCUCCCCGCUGGGGUGUCGAGAGUGACGUCGAGAGCGUGCAGUGGGACCCCCACGACCCCAACUAUUUCUACAUCUCUACCGAAGCCGGCAUCAUCCACUACCACGACGCCCGAAACCUUCCCUCUAGUCCCGCCGCUUCCAAGCCUGUCUGGACACUUCAGGCCCACGAUGAGUCUGUGUCCUCAUUCGACGUCAACCCCAUUAUCCCCGGCUACCUUGUGACUGGCUCGACCGACAAGACUGUCAAGCUCUGGAAUGUUCAAUCAUCCGGCGGCGGCCCCAGCAUGGUCGUAUCGCGGGAGCUCGGUGUCGGCAAGGUCUUCUCGACCAAGUUUGCUCCCGAUACCGAAGUCGGUUUCCGUCUCGCCGUGGCUGGCAGCAAAGGCGUCGUGCAAAUCUGGGAUACUUCUACUAAUGCGGCAGUGAGAAGAGUCUUUGCCGAGCGUGUCCCUGCUGCGACGGAAGGUGCUGAGGUCAAGGAGCGAACUGUUGGCGUGACAGAAGAUCAGGAAAGCAGCGAUGAUGAUGAUGACGAGGACUCGGACGAAGAUGGCGAGGGCAAUCCCGAUGGAUGGGAGUCCAUGGAUGAGGAUUAGUUUAUCGCUAGCCAAAACGGGGGUUUGAUUUCAACGGUCUAUAAAAGUUGUCUCUGUUAGUUUCUACGUUGGGAUGUUUCAUUCAUAUUAGUAAAAGGUUCUGCAUAUGUGGAGUAAUAUUUUACCUCUAGAAUUUGGUAGAUAAUAUACCAUUUUCCACUUGUGUUUGUUUACAGG